GACAGUUGUGACCACACCUGAGUAUCUGCAGCCUGCAUAGGAUUACACAGCUGCAUGACUCGCGUUAUUAUACAUUUCAUGUCCCCUUGAAAGUCCUGCCGAGUGCAGCAGAAUAAAUUUAUCCCCUGGUUAAGUUUUAUUAUCUUUUUAGUUCACUAAAUGGAAGAGAUUGAUUCUAUUUGCUGUAGCGUUUCUGUGUCUUACAGCGCCAUCUAGCGGCCACCGAAUAGAACUGCCCAAUUCAUUCGCAAUAAGUGUCUAUUAAUCGCAGGGAGACUUUUAGGCGACGGUCUCUCACUCUUUCCUACCAGCAAAGUGUCGACAGUGUCCCCUGGCCAGGCUAAUGUUGGACUGUACUGGAGGACUGGGUGUCAUUAGACUCUAGUGAGGAAUCUCUCUCCAGACUGGGAGCAGCACUUGGGCUGCACGUGGGAGUCGCACAGGGAAGAAGCAGGUAGCAGCGAUCCUCGUGCGUCAGAACAGGCAGAGAGCAGAGUUAUUGAGAGUGGGAGACAAGAUCCAGGAGUAUUUGCCCAGGGAAAUUGAGUUGGGAGCUGCAUGUGGCGGGGGAGGUGACACUGAGUGCUCUGCUGGGAUAUAAAUCCUACUGGGCUGAGGGACAUGAACAUUAAAUCAUUAUUUUUGCCUCAGUUGGAUGUGGCCCCGGGGGAGGGAGGAGCUGAGAGAGAAGACCACCUCUGCCUCCUCAUGUUCAAGGGGAGCUCAGCUUUGAUGAGAGAAGCCACAAUUGCUCCACCACAAGCAGAGAGUUAAUUACCGGGAGACUUUCCCCCUGGAGACUUUGUUGCAAAGGAACAGGAUCUGGUCUCCAGGGAAUGAUACAAUGUAACCAGACUCCAACCGUUUCCUCCAAGUCAGAGCUUCUUCUUCAGCGCUGGACAUGGAUCACGAGCCCUGCACCCAGCUCGCCUGUCCUGUUCUCCUGCUCAACGGCUCCUUUGGAAACUUCAGCCUGGAGAACAGGAGCAGUCCGACCAACACCACCAGGGACCCCCUGAAACGAAAUGAAGACGUGGCCAAAGUGGAGGUGGCAGUUUUAGCCCUGAUUUUAAUCCUGGCCCUGGCCGGCAAUAUCUGUGUCCUGAUAGCGAUCCACAUUAACAGGCACAAGCACUCUCGCAUGUAUUUCUUCAUGAAGCACCUGAGCAUCGCAGAUCUGGUGGUUGCCCUGUUUCAGGUGUUGCCUCAGCUCAUCUGGGACAUCACUUUUAGGUUCUAUGCUCCUGACUUUGUCUGCAGGAUAGUUAAAUACCUGCAGGUGGUGGGAAUGUUUGCCUCUACCUACAUGCUCCUGUUGAUGUCCCUGGACAGGUGUUUGGCUAUCUGUCAGCCCCUGAGGUCCCUCCACAGGAGGUCAGACUGUGUCUAUGUGGUUCUCACAUGGAUUUUAAGUUUUCUUCUGAGUGUCCCUCAGAUCCACAUCUUCUCCCUUAAGGAUGUAGGCAACAAGGUGUAUGACUGCACUGCCGAUUUCAUCGAGCCUUGGGGGCUCAAAACCUAUAUCACCUGGAUAACCAUGACUGUGUACAUCUUGCCCGUGAUGAUUCUCAGUGUUUGCUAUGGCCUCAUCAGCUUCAAGAUCUGGCAGAAUAUACGGCUGAAGACCAUGUGUGAGAGCAGCGUGAGACUGAGUUCCAACAAGAGGGCCACAUUGUCUAGAGUCAGCAGUGUCAGGCUCAUCUCCAAAGCAAAAAUCAGGACAGUCAAGAUGACCUUCAUCAUUGUGUUGGCUUAUAUCGUCUGCUGGACUCCCUUUUUCUUUGUCCAGAUGUGGUCAGUGUGGGACCCUGAUGCACCAAAAGAAGCCUCUCUGUUUAUCAUCGCCAUGCUGCUUGGGAGUCUGAACAGCUGCUGCAACCCAUGGAUCUACAUGCUUUUCACUGGGCAUCUCUUCCACGACCUUCUGCAGCGCUUUCUGUGCUGCUCCGCUCGUUACCUGAAGUCCGGCCAGCAGGGCAGCGACAUGAGCACCAGCAGGAAAAGCAACUCUUCCACCUUUGUGCUCAGCCGCAAGAGUUCCAGUCAGAAGAGCAUCACCCAGCCCUCUACUGCCUGACAACGACAAACAAACCCCAAGGACUUUUAGGAAGAAAUCUGUCUGAGACUAGCAUUGGGGAGAGGGACUUGUGACUGUGAGUGGUUUCAGUACAGGGAAGGCAUUGUCUGUGCCCCUGCCUGUAACUAAAGCUACUGUAUCACUUACUGUAUAGCAGAGCUGUCAUUUUUUUCCCCUAUAACAAUGAGCUUAUUGCUGAUACCUGCUCCCAAAAUGGGCCAGAUAUAAACCUACUUAUCGGCAGAUAUGGGAAGAGUCCAAGUGCCGCAAUCAAACUGAUCAGGAAAGUCUUAAACCUGUGCCCCACCAUGAUCUUUGUGGGACAGCAACUCCCAUUAUGCAGAAAGGAUUCUGGGAAUCCAACAGCUGCUAGAGAGAGAGAGAGAGAGAGAGAGAGAGGUGGUGUUUAAUCCUUGAGGGACUGAAUGUCUUCAUUCAUUCUUAUGUAUUUGUGUCCGUGGGAAUAGUUUUAUACCAAUCUUUGGUCCCAUAAAAAAAAUAUCUGCCCCCAACAGGCUAACAGACCUAAAAAUAGAAUCCCAGUAAGAUGUGAGCAAAUGUUUGUAACUUUGUGGUUCCAUUUGAUCAACUUUCUGGUCAUUGCCAUGUAAUGUAACUCAGAGUCAAGUCAGGAUAACUUCCAAUGCCUCUAAAUCCAAUGUAAU